AUGCUUGCACGUAAGCGUAUAAUAGCAGGAACAAACGCACACAAAGAACGACAACUUUUGACUUCAAAACGAACAGCAGCUGUUGCUUCAUUCGUUCAACAACGAAUCUGGCUUCAUGAACAACUUUAUUUUCAUUCUUCCGACCUGUCUGUUUACAACAUUUUAGUACCAUUAGUAAUCAAACAAGGUUCAUUAUCAAUCGAACGUAUUCGUUCAAUUAUACUCGCAUUAAUUGAACAACAUACUGUUCUUCGUACUGCUGUUCGUUUUAACUCACAAAGUAAUCAAAUUGAACAAUAUAUUCAAGCUGCCACCAAUGAUAUUUAUUCAUUUAAACAUUCACGUGGCAUUAGUACAUCAGAACAACUCGAUCGGCUACUUACAAAUGAAUCUAUAGGAAAACACUUCGAUAUUGAAUCAGGAAGAGUAGUCAGAUGCCACAUAAUCCAACGAAGUAAUAAUGAACAUGAUCAUCUAUUGUCUGAAGGUGAUCUUGUGGCUAUUACAUUUCAUCACAUAUCAUUCGAUAAUAGUUCACUUAAACCAUUUGUCGAAGCAUUUAAAAAAGCUUGUUUGACUAGUGGUCAUAAACAACCAAUUUUAUCGACUCCACAAUAUAUCGAUUUUACAUUAUACGAACAGUCAAUGCUAGCCGAUACAAGAAUGGACUCAAAAAUGAAUAAAGCACGUCAGUUUUGGUUCAAUCUUAUGGACGGUUAUGACUGGAAUCGAAUACGACAAUUGGUGCCUGGCAAAGCAUAUACCAAACAGAUACGUUCAGGUCGUGGUCUUUCAACUGUAUUCUCUAUCAAUCAAUAUGUUGUUGAUGCGAUGAUGUUAUAUGCUUCCUCAAAUAAUAUCACAAUGUUUGCGCUAUCACUUGCUUGUUAUUAUGCAUUCUUAUUCAAGUUAAUGAAUGAUGACGACUUAUGUGUAGCAGGUAACAUAGCCAAUCGAUUUGUACAAGAGACAAAAGACAUGAUUGGCAUGUUCGUUAAUCUUACGCCAUAUCGAAUGAAAAUUGAGCCGAAUAAUCCAUUCGAUCAUCUGGUGCGAAAGGUACAACAGCUCAGUAGCAAUGUUCUUGAACAUGGUUGUUUACCUUAUCAGCAUAUUAUUAAUUCAUAUGAUCAACGAGCGCAUCAAGUAUUACCUUCAACAUUAUUUCAUUAUGAAUCGUUGAUGUCAUCUAUAACACAGAAUAAUAAAUUGGAGGCAACUACAAACGAAGGUACUGUUCUUGGUAUCUAUUUCGAUCGAGAUCGAUCCCAUGGUAAUGGAAUAGCAUUGUUUGAUUUAUCACUCACAAUAGUUCAUGAUCACCACUUACGAAGCACGGAGUGUUUUCUCGAUUGUUCGGCCGAUAUAUUCCAACAUCAAGCUGAUGUUGAUCUACUUGCAAAUCGUUUUCUACAUAUGCUCACGCAACUCUUCGGUUCCUCAAUGACUGCUGACCGGAUGCAUAAUCAAUCUAGUAUGCCUAUUAGCAAAUUAUUACUUAUUUUACCAGAAGAAAUUGAAGAAAUUCAAGGAGUAAUCUUUCGUAGAUUACCGACUAUUAUGAACGAAGCACCAGCAUCCUAUGCACAAACACGUAUUUGGUUGGAUGAACGAAUCCGUUUCAAUUCAGACAAACCACAAAUAGCACUUUAUAAUGUGCCAUUUAUAUACCGUCUCUUUACAAAUUGUACUCUGUCAGUUCAACAAAUACAUAACGCUAUUCAAUUAGUUCUUGCAAGACAUCAAUCACUUCAUACAUCAUUAAACAUUGAUACGGAAAAGAAUCUGCUCAUGCAACGAAUCAUUGAAUUAAAUGAUAACAAUAAAAGACUAUUUACAUUGAUUGAAAGUACUUAUAAAACAGAUGAACAACUUCACGAUAUCAUGUAUGAUGAACGAGGAAACACUCAAUAUUUUGAUCUUUCGCAAGGUCUUGUAUUUCGAUGUCAUCUUGUUUACCACAAAGAAAUCUCUUCUAAUGAAGUUCUUUCUAAUAAGGAUGUAAUCAUCUUUAAUUUUCAUCAUGCUGUAUUUGAUUAUUUAUCAAUCAAUAUAUUUCUUCAUGAUCUUGAUCAAGCAUAUACAACAAGUCAAGUAUCUAAUAAUAAUGAUAAUACCACACUACGCUAUCUUGAUUAUGCUGUUAUCGAACAACAAAUGUCAAUGACUGGUGCAGCUAUGUUUUGGCUUGAUGCUCUUCAUGAUUGCCAUCUUGAUCAAUCUUUAUCAUUACCAUAUGAUCGAUAUCGUCUUGCAAAUGAACAUCGAACUGAUCGAGCAACAUCGAUUUCUUUUGAUUUUGAACAAGAUCUUUCACAUCAUUUUCUUAUCUAUGCAUCAUCAAACAAUAUCAAACAUGAACAUCUAGCACUUGCUAUUUACUUUCUCUUCUUAUUUAAACUAACAAAUGGUGACAAAGAUUUAUGUAUUGCAAUGAAUAUCGGCAAUCGUUAUAGAGAUGAACUAAAAUCUAUAAUUGGAUUGUUCGAGAAUGUCAUUCCACUACGAUGUCAACUGGAUCCUCACUGGUCUUUUCAUUCUCUACUCGAUCAUGUUGGAGAGAUAGCAACCAGUAGUAUGAAAUACUCUUAUUUUCCUCUUCAACGUAUUCUCAAUAAACAUCAAAAUGUUUCAAAACCUACAUUUCUUGAUAUAUCAUUUCACUUUCUAUCAUCUAUGACAUCAACUGAAAAUAAACAAAUAAUGAUUGGUGAUAGUCAACUUUCGUCGAUUCCUUUUACAACGGACAUUAAUGAUAAUCAUAUUACAAAUAAGUAUGAUUUCUCACUUCUAUUCCAACAUGAUCUCAAUACCAAUCAACUCUUAUACACAAUCAAUGCAUCACUUGAUUUAUUCAGUGUAAAAACAAUUCAUAACAUAUCUCAACGAUUUCAUUCAAUGUUGAAACAAUUAUUCACAUCUUUCGACUGUACAACAAACAAACCAAUCUAUGAAAUACA